AAAUGUUCAACCUCCUUAGGCGCUGUCUUCAGUUUUCUGCACAAGCAAAGAUAGAACUGCUUUUCCGUAUCUUGCUCACUGCAAAUAAUAUCAUCUGUCUUAAGUCUUUAUUUUGAUUGUAUUUCAUUCUUCUCACAGGGGCUACACGAUCUCCCUGUUUUUACAAAACCAGCUGAUAUCCUCUUGAAUAAAAAGUCCAUCAUGUUUUUAACUUUUCAUAUAUUUGCCUGUCUUUUUCUUGGUAAAACUUGGUAAUCCCACAGCAAGCAAACUCCAGUAGGAAACAUGAAACAAGGCCUUCCUGUGACGACUCCAAAUUGAUUCCUGCUGGACCGUGUCCUAUUGAGAUCAUCAGAGGCAGUCCACGGAGGUCUUCAAGGUAUUUCAGUAACUUUAACGCCUUGAUGGAGAUCAAAUCUUGCAAAUAUCUCCUUUUUGUCUGUUUGUUCUUUGUGUGCAUGUUCUUUACACAGCUCUAGGUGAAUAAGUAAGAAACAACACAACAACAGGUAAUCUAAGCAUUAAGCCCCCAGUGCACAAGAAACAGAGUUAAACCCACUUUAGUGAAAAAGAAUCACUUCCUUUAUUUAGCCUUAUUCACCCUUGGCAGUAAAAGCCUAAGACUGUGCCAUACUGCUUGUCUUUAGUUAGCUGUGGAGGUGGCUUCUCUGGCAAAGGGUGUCUAUAAAUUUAGGAGCCUCUAAGGGAGCAGUGAGCUUUUAUUUGAUUGGCUGUUCAGUCCAACAAACAGAGCUGCUGCACCUUUAACAGAAUUCAGGAUUUUAGUAUUCUUAAGUCCUCAGUACAGCCCAUGACUGGAAAUGACUGAUAAAGCGUAAAAAAUUCUCCAGACCCAAUUUGGUUCCCAAUAAAGUAUUGCCAGUGGGGAUUUAAUUAAGCUUGCAGGAUUAAAAAUCAUAAAAUAUUGUUAUAUCUUGGCAGCCAAUGCACUGACGGUAAUGACAUUCUGAUCUAUUUCCUGUCCUACCCACAUUUGUCCUCAGCUUUCUAACAAGGAACCUGUCUAUCAUAAUGUCCGGGGUUUGUGGCGAAGCUGAACAGUUGUGUCUGGAUCUAUUUACACUUUAUUACUAUGGAGACACUCAACCCUGUAACUGAGUUUGUGUUCUCUGGCUUCCGGCUAUUGGAACUUCAGCACAAGACUUUGUUUUCUUUUUCACUUAAGUUGAAUGUGUAAUUUUUUUCAUAUAUAUAUAUACAUUGCCAUAGAAUGAAGUGAAAUUAGUGGAUAAGUUAAAGAAAGAAGGAUAAGACAAAAUAGAAAGCAAUUAUAUUGAGAAUAGUUGUCAAAAGUUAAGGUAAAUGUGCUGCAUAAGGUCUAUAAGGAAUCAUAGUUGUCUGAAUCCUUCAGUCAAGAGGAUUUAUCGUGAAAAUAUCAAUCAUGUGUAUCAUAAUUGCAUGGAAGUGUGCUCUUUACAUGUUGGAAAACUUUCUGACAACUGAUCAUGUUGCCUUGUUGCAGAAGGUUGUGAGUUUUGCAGCACUUGACAAAUUAUGAAUACAGUUUUUAUCAUAAGUUUGAAGCAUGACGUAAUAUUCAAAAACUAUUGAAGGUGAGCAGGAAUAUCAUGAUAUCGCUGUGUUUUUGAGCGGUCCGCUCAUUCUGACUGUAAACAAAGCCGUUCUCCAAUCCCUGACCUGAUUGGUUGUGAAGCGGACACUGUUCCCUUGUGUUGUGAGGCAUGCUCCACGUCCUCGCAUAACGUGCACAAGCCCAAACAAAGUUAGUGUGCUACAAUAUCAGACUGUAGAAACCAAUCAGAAAGUACGGAAAAUUGUCUGAAUCCUCCUUUGGCCACGACCGCCAACACCAGCAAGAAAAUACCGGAGACUCUGGUGGAAUAACGGGCGCUUAAAAAGGAGUUAGACCGGACAAGAGCUAAAAAGCCGGGUCAACAUCAUUGAAGCUUGCAUAAACGAUUGGGGACGCUUUGCGAUCUUGCGGACCCUGUAACCUUUCUGCUGGACAGGUAAACCGCUUUAACAAAGUAAGCCAAGUGUCUGUAACAGAAGUGUUUCUUGUCAAAUGGGACCUGCUACGUGUUGUAGCGCCGCUAAACUGUUUACUGUUGUCACUUUAUCCUUGUUUUUGAAGUCCUGCUUUCAUGUUGACUGGGCCCCAUUUGUAAUCAUCUGAAGUAUUUAUCUGCAUUAUAUCUGAAUUUAAUUGAAACGAUACGAGCGAGCAUGAGCGUCUGUUUGUGGGCGGGGCUUGAUGGAGCAGAGAGGGAGGGGAGAGGAAGGAGCUGAGGGGAAAACUGGUUGGGAGGGGAGGUGUUUACAUUCAAGAUUUCUCCCAAAAACUGGUACUUCCUCAGAUCCUGCCUACCCCACCUUUAAGUCCAGAGUAGGUCAGAGGAAGCCAACAUUAUGUUAUUGGACAUAAAGAACAACAGAUAUGACCUUAAUAAAUAAUAUAGAUAAAGAAAACUAUCAAUCUACAAAGUAGACAAACUGAAACCAAGAGCAGGCAGGUGUAAAUCAAAUAUGUUCUUGAAGUUGCUGAGAGGUAUGAGUGCUUUGAUUUCUUUUUGGUAAAAAUUCAAUUUCAAUCAUCAAAAGCAAUCUGUCUGCACAGCUCUGGUCCUGAGCUCCUGGUGCUUUGAACCGGAGCUGUGAAGAUGAGAGAUAGCAAACUGGUGAAGCAGCAUCAACAUUAACGGCUAAUACUUUCCUUAGACGGGGGGAGUUAAACCAGCUGUGGCGUGUAGAAAGCAGCGGUGAGUACAGCAAUAAUCACAGGUGUUGAACCUGAGAGCAGACAUGAAAAUCCAGGAGCCUCAGCAGGGAGGCAGCAGCAUGUCUUUGUAUUUGAAACCGCUGUAAAAAUCUCACUCAAGAGACGCUGAUUUGUUUCAGUUCAUCAAACCAGGUAACUAAAAACAAGGUUUUCUAAACGAGUUUCAAACUCCAACCAGAUGGAGGGAUAUUUAAUCUGUUCAACACUUUCUGUAACAGAGAAAUGAGUCAUCUUAAUAGCCGGAUAAGAAAAACCACAUUUCAUUUUGUAAUUAAAGUCUAAAAGAAAAUCUUUGGGUGCAUUUAACCUGCCUUUUUUUGUCAUUUUGUCACAAAAUUCUGACAAAGCUAAGGCAUAUGUAUAAUUAAUAUUUGGAAACAAUAGCACUUGAGGGUUUUUGGACAUAGAAGCAUUUGCUUUCAAUGACAAAACAGCAGAUAACUAUUACCAGACUUUGCAAUCCCCCUCACCUCCACCUCUUCUUGAAAUCGGAUUCCAACGGAUCUCUGGCAAUGUUGACAGGAGAAAUGGUAAUAUGUAACAAAUUUACAAAUGAGAGUACCUUUAGGAGAGUAUUAGUGUCAGCAUGGUUAAUCAAAUAGAAAGCAUGACAUGACACACAAGUUUGUCUGCAUAACAUUUGUUUGAUAGUUGACUGGAAGCACUAAAAGCUAUUUUAAUUUCAAAUUAAUGGUCUCUGCUUUUUCUUGAAAAUUGGGAAAAAAUGUAACGGACAAAUCUACAUUUGCUUGACAUGACUAUUCAGCCACAUUUCUUAAACCAGAUUCAAAAAUUGAGAAAAAAAGUGAAGAAUGAGGCUUUAAAUAUUUGCUUGAAAUUGAUCUUGUUAUUGAGGCUAAUGUACUUUCGAGAUGACUACAUUUUUGCACAUGAGGGCAAAGUCAUGGACACUUUAAAAAUGGUCUGGGCAAUCCAAGACAUCAAAACUGCAUUCAAGUUUGAUGGUUUUGCUUAAGAGCUAUUCGGUCAACAUGGCAGUUGUGAUGACAAAUGGGAAUAAGGGUAGCUUUAGAGGAUUUUAUAAUGACUUAUAGGACAGAAUCAGUGCCAUGAAGCACAGUGUUGUCACUGUUUAGACUAAUCUCAGGGCACCAAAACUGUAAUUUGACAAAACUGUUUACCUAUUUUAAGGCCUUUUAGUCUUUGAGAAAGGCCUCCUGGAAUAAGAGUGAAAAUAAUGUUACAUAUCAGAAUAUAUUUAGCUACUUGUGUAUUCUGCCCUAUUUCAUGAAGCUAGAGUAUCAAGGAAUACAGCUGACUGAGGUUGAGGACUGUAGGCAUGACUCUUAAGAGUUGGCAGAAACUUGUUGCUUCAGUGGAAAACAUUGAUUGAGCAUCCCUGAAAACACAAGUGAAAACCGUGUAUUUUUGGAAACGUGUGAAAAGUAGAGACAAAUCCAUGAGGCGCUACUAAAAAUGAUGUUUUUUUAUUUGAUACACACACACACACACACACAAACACACACACACAUUAAUAUAUAAAAACCUAUCCUAAUUUGUCUCAAAAGCAUGAAUAGAGGCUCACUUGAAUUUAUUGUAAAUAGGCUGUGUGUGGUUCUGUGGUAUUGUUUCUUUUUUCAGAGUCCCUUGACGCUCUCUCUCCCUCUCUCUCUCUCUCUUUUUCUCUCUCUCGUUACCUCCAGAAAUGCCCCCCUCCCCUCCCCCUCUCCUCUCUCUCUCUUUCUCUCUCUCUCUCUCUCGCUCCCUCUCUCUCUCUCUCUGUAUUUCUCCCCACCCUGCUCUCUUUCCAUCAGGUCCUCCAACAACACACACCACAGCCUCUGAACGCCUCGUCUUCUCCACUGGAGCGGGAGGAUCAGAGAGAGGGGGAGCAGAAGUGACUGGGAGAAACCGCAGCAUCAGUGACAGUGAAGCAUCUCAUUCACUUGGAGAGGGAGCAAGGAAAGGGGAAGUGGAGAAGAAGUGUGGAGAAAAUAAGAGGAAGGAGAGAAAGAGCUAAACACUGAGAGAAAUAAGUUUCCGGUUGGCUGGAGGACAAGUGAGGGAGUUUUUGGGUAAGAGAGUGUGGUGGGAGGCAGUGGGGGUUUGGGAGCUUCAUUUUUUCUUUCCUUUCAUCGCCCGCAAGAACUGCCUCCCUCCUCUCCUCUCCACUCCCCCUCCUCCUCCUCCUUCUCCUCUUUUUCCUCCUCUCUGCUCCUCUUCUCACCCCGACUCCUCUCUCCCAGCUCCCGCCGUGGGGUCUCAGCUCUCUGUCACCCUCCCCCCCUCCCUUGCUCCCUACCUCCCCCGAGCUCUGCUGGGAGCCUCCGGGCUGCUGCGCCGCGGGAGGAUGUCUCGCAGGGAGUCGCCACCUCCACCUCCGCAGCUGCUGGGAGUGCGGAGAGGAGAUGUGGAGUGCGAUGAUCGUCCGGAGCGUACCGAGCCUCUUACCGACCCUGAGAGGGAGAUCAUCCAGGACACGUGGGGGAUCGUCUACAAGAACUGCGAGGACGUGGGGGUGUCUGUUCUCAUAAGGUAGGUUUCCUUAAGAGGUGAAAGAAAGCCUUUCUGUUACUGUGUGAAAACUUCGGCUUCAGUUUGAGAUAUUUUGGGUUUAAUUCGCUUUUAGGUUAGACCAUUCAGUUUCUCUUCUGCGUAGGUAUAACUUACUACUCUGUUUGGAUCUGGAUGCCUUAUUCUUACUGUGAUUCUUGAAACUUUUGAUUAUCUUUGAAAGAGUGCAUCUUAAGUGAAAAGGUGGACGAAUGGAAUCUCUGGACUUUGUUUUCUAUUGUGCUCUUUGGGCUCAAGUGUCACUUUCAUUUGCAUCACUAACAUGAGAAAGACCCGUGAGCAAAGGAAGGCAAGGUCAAAGUAAAAAAAAAAAUAAAACAAUCAAUAGAAAUUUAAUUGUUGAAUAUUAGUGUUUCUUGGAAGCUAAGAAAGCAAUUCAAUACAUAGGCUUUAUAGCAGACAUUAUGGGCGGGCCCACGGGGGGCAAGACCACCCAUCCAGGAAGAAAUCAACAAUAUUGUCAUCAUUAUCACACAGUUUUUUGCAUUAGAUUGGAAUUUAUUACAAAACUUAUUUUGGUAGUGGAUAUAGCUAUAAGUAUUUGAAAUGUUCCUUUUGUAUUUUAUGGUCUUGCAAGUAUUAGUCAUGUGAUAUAGUCAGAUACAAUAAUGCCCUCAAAGGCUGCCCUCGCUGUGCUCGUGGUUGUUUGACAAGUGGCGCUGUCCAUGGUGCUGAUGCAACUGUUGUUCUCAUAUUUAUUUAUUUAUUUAUCUUGACUCAUAUAUUUUCAGCCUCCUUGAUGGGAUAACUAUCUGUUUAAAUGAAAAUGUUGAAAAAUGAAAUAAUUCCUUAGGAGAAAUACAUCUAAGUUGUCUUUUUAAAGUCAUAUUUUGUUGUUGCUGAUGCUAGAAAAAAAACAUCACAUGCAUCAAAUGCAGCUUAUAGUGGCCAAAAAAAUUAUAAAUAAAUAAUAUUCCAAGAAUAAAUGAACAAUAGUAUAGAUUCAUGAACAAAUUAAUAAGAAAAUUAAGCAAAUAAAAAAAUUAAAUUGUACGAUGUUGAAUUUGAGAAACCAGAAAAAAGGAUGGGCAAAUUUAGAUACAACAUCAUAUGUUUAGAAAAGGAGAGAUAAUCACUUAAAGAAUCCCUGCUUGGAUUAGAUUGAUUGCAUAACAUUGUUAAAGGUCAUGAUGGGUUAAAACUACUCACACCUAAUUUUUCAUCAUAACCCUGUGUUGUUCAUCAUGUCUUCACUGUGUGACACCAUGACAUAGAAAACACUGCAGGUCCAGAGUUAUGUGAGUAUAACUGUGAUGGGGCAGUCUGGAUAACUUACGCAGAGAUUCAGCUUUUAACAUUGUUCUCAUGUGUUUGUAUCAAAGUGCCUGUUGAAAAGUGGCAUGAUAUGCAGUCAAUUAUGACCUCCGUUGGACGAGCGACCCCAGUGAUGAUUAAAGGCGUGAAAUCAUUUUCCAAACAGCCACAAUCAAAAUAUGACUCUUUUUUUCUGGUGUCACAAAUACUCAGUCAGAGCAUAGAAACUGGAAAGUAAAUACAUUAGUGUUGCCUAUCUCUAAGUAAUAUGUAAAUAAAUUAAAAUAUUGCAUGGUGGAACAUGGUUUACUUCUGCUAUUUUUACUUGGCACACAUAAUGUUAAAGCACUUAUUACUUGCUGUACAAGAUGCUUUAAAUUCUUGACUGGUACAUAUCAUGCUCCAUAAUCUUCACCUUUCUUAACCUUCUGUAGCCUGAACUUUAACAAGUCAAGUUCUUCUUUGAAUAGAUGUAUGUUAUUCAAAGCAUUACACCCAAAUGACCAAAAUCAUAGAAAUCUGUUGGGAAUAUGAAAAUUAUUUCAGCCCUCCAGUUUACCACAUAAGCAUUUAGGAGUCUUGCCUUAACAGACCUCUAGUGGUUGAACAAAUAAUCAUGCUGAAGGGAACAAUACAUUCCUCUCAUUAUGAAGCUGGAGAAACACUUCAUCAUCCACUUCUGUCUCUCAGUGUGGCAUCCGAUGUCUUUGAAGGGUCACGUAUGUUGAGUACGUGCCAGCAUUUUUGUUUUUACAUUCCUUUUAGUUGAAUUCAUGCAUCGACAAAUAAACGCCUCAUUAAUUUUAUCUCUUAAAAUACAGUAAUGGCUUUGUUUUUAUGUCUCACUCAACCAUUGCCUCUGUCUUCUUGAGUUGUCAGAAUAUAUUCAGAACCAUAAAAUCAAACAUUUGUUCCAAAAGCCUUAUCUUCAACAGGCAGUCAUUUCUACUGAAGCGUCACUACAGAAGCCAUAGACGAACUCGAUGUAAUGUGGCCUGACUGUGUUUUUUCCAGCUUCUUUUCAUCUGUUUUUUUUUAUCAUAGCAGAAAGAGCUGAUUCGUUUGAAUGCUGCCAGUUAAAUUGACUUAGUGUUUCACAUAGAAAACCCUCAAGGACUUGAUAAAAUGAAAGCCUGUUGUAGCCAAGGAGACUGAUGCGAUUGAGACAAACUGAUUUUUGCUCUUUGGGUGACAAUAAUUCCCAAAGGGAGAAUGGAAGGGGCAGAGAGCAGUGUGUGUUUGUGUGUGUUUUUGUCUGUGUGUGUGCUUGUCUUAUGCUCUUAUCUGUGGAUGACAGCCACAAGCUUUGGCACUUAAAUGUCUCCCUCUGUCAGUCCUUUCAGUUUUUUUUCUUGUUGCCAGUCUUUCUUGCUAUAAUUUGUAGUAUUUUCUUGCCUCGUUGUAAAGAUGACAGCUUUUAGUCCUUUCAAAUCCCAGCUGACUGGGGCUAUCAUUAAAAUCAAUUGUAUCAGAGCUGCAAAUCCCAUUACAGAUAUAUAUUGACAGCUAUCUGUACUUUUUUCUCUUGCUCACUGUGUGUGUGUGUAUGCGCCUCUUUUUCAGUCAAGCAAUUUGAUGAUCUUUUGUUAUCAUUAAAUUGCUGUAUUUUAUCAAAUGCAAAACAAAAACAUUACAUCAACAUUAUACUUCAGCCAACCUACUCCCUGACAAUCAACUCAAGGCCUGAUAGAGUGUCGAAUGUUUGGUUGCUUUUCCAUCCUGCACAUCCCUCCUUUAUCCUCAAGAGUCAGUCCUGUAGUAUUAUCAUUGUCAGAAUCUGAUUCUUAUGAUCCCCAGUACCUCCCAAUCCUCCCACACCAUCAACCGCCACCAUGACACCAACAGUCUGGGGCCCUGUGUGGAUAGAAGAGGAAAGCCUGCCCUUUACCAAACAAGCAGGAUGAUGUACAACAACUUUGAUGACCUUGUCUGCAUCAUUUGAGGUUCCUGCUUCCUGAAUACCUGCUCUGUGAUGACACACAAGCCAGGUCCUAUCGUAAAAUCCCCACCAAGCACAGUUUCUGACUAAGCAAACACCACAGGCAUUCCCAGGCAGGAUGGGAUAUGUUGUCCUUUGAGCGGACUCUGGGCCUACUCCAGGGUUUCCUCCCAUUUGGGGUCUCCUCCAAGUUGGACAUGUCCGGAACACCUCUAAAUGGAGGCAUGCAGAGGGUAUCUUUGACAAAUGCCGGAACCAUCUUAACUGACUCCUUUGGUUGCAGCUUUACUCUAAGCUCCCUCCAGCCAUCUGAGCUCCUAACACUUACCCCUAAUUUCCACCACAUCAGGAAUGGCUAUGAAAAGGUCGUAUCCACCGAUCAUACCUGAUCGUAACCAUUCAAGUUAAUGUGUCAAUUUCCACUGGCUCCUUUCCAUUCUGCUGCGGAUCGCUGGACACCGCAACUGAUCGCAGGAGUUCUAUUUUUUCCGGACGCGACAGCAUGGUGGAUAAAUUCAGCACAGAUUAACCCGUGCUGGAAAGGAAGUCAGGCACAGACACAAAAUAAAACACACUGUGUUUCAGGCAGAACGCAUUUCACGCCAUGCAAACCGGUGGGGACGAAUAAGUGAAGGUUUAUAGACAGCAUUUCACCCCGAUGACACCAUGGAUGAGAGGAUGCUGAUUUUAUAAGUCUAGAAGUAGAUUUCCUUCUCUGGAAGGACACAAUCUACUGCUUAUAUGGUUAGCCUAUGUGGCAAGAGACUACUUGUUAUCUUGAAUCCGUGGGUUCUUGUGAGUUCUCGCGAUUCCCACUGUCCAUGAUCCACCACAAAAUUCGUCUCACAAACAGAUCUGGUAGAACUUGGCGUACGGCGAAAAUCGCUGCCGUUCUGGAAUGGAGCCGCUCCGGAUGCAGUGGAAAUCCCAGGUAAUCCUAGGGUUGGUCCCAGCCACGCUUCAGAGGAAUGGUCAAAUAUAUCUGUGAUCUUAGCCACAACCAUAGACUGUAUAUAGUACGAACAACGCAGCUCCGCCUUCCAUCAUUGUGCAAAUUUGAAGCCAAGAUACUCCUGGUAUUUUUCCAUUUCCUGAAACCGGCAUUUACGCAGUAUCGUUUGGCAGGAGAGUUGCUGUGAUGACACUCUGCUUAACCAGCGUAACCCCCGCAUGUCCUACACAACCUUCAUACGUUCAUAGACUUUAUCAAGUGUCACUUAUAGAAUUAUAGAAAACAUGAAUCCCUAAUAACUUCUAGAAAUGGCACUAAGGAAACCAAUCUUAAAAUACCUACAUGUCAACACUGCAACCAGGGGGACAAAAAUUUUUAUUCCGUGCAAUUAUUUUUUUAAAGUUUGUCCACAGCUCCAUUUAUUUUGCUGAAGGAGAGGGGGGUUUAUGACCUAUACUGCAACCAGUCACCGGGGGGUGCUGUUCUCACAGAGGCUUCAUCCAACUGGGAUGAAGAUGACGUCCAUUCUAUACACAGCCUAUGGUCACAACCUAGAGAUCAUGAUCAUAGGUGAGGGUUGAAACGUAGACUGACUGGUGAACCUGAAGUUCAUCUCUCUCCACUAAAAUGGCAAAGAGCUCGUCAAUUACCAAAUCAAUUUUACCCUAAUUUGUAACCAAGAUACUUGAACUCCCCCAUUCGAGGCAACACUCUCUCUCUACCUAGAUGGAACAGUCCACUGUUUUCCGGCAGAGUAACAUGGCCUUGUAUUUGGAGGUGCCGACUUUCAUGCCACUUUGCACUCAGCUGCCCCGAGAAGGCUGUGUACUCUGAACUGCUUUUCCAAGAAGGCCGGGUACUCUGAACUGCUAAUUGGUGCAUCUGUACAAACAAACAGUCGGAGCUUACCUCCUCGCAACCUGAAGUCACACAGAGGCAAUCAUCUGAUUCCCUUCAACACUGAUGCUCUCAGCCAGGGUUUGUGAGUAUCCCCACACCCACCCAGUGCAUCUCUUCCAGGGCAACUUCAGAGUGGAAGGGGCUUCAGCAUCUCUCCACAAGAUUUUAACAUUUCAGGCUUCAUCAACUCCCACUCACCCCCCACUCACCCCUCUCUUGCUGACACCACAGAUCCCACACUACCUUGACCAAAUAAAUGACUUUUACGUAUCACAACAGUGAGCCAUGGCACAGAAUUUCAAUAAUCCUACAAAAAUCCCAACAAAAGCUGACACCUUCAGAUUUUUUCAGCCUUGUCAUCAAUUAAAAAACCAAAGGAUAAUCCUCUUUCAUUCAUGUAACUCAUCAUUGAGUGAUUGAGUGUUUGGCAUAUCAAUUCAAUGAAGCAGUCUGUCAAUAUAGAUGGCUGGUAAUUAAUCAUCUUUUGACCUAGUCAUCAAAUGAACAGAUUAGACCUUUUUAUGAUUCGGGAAAGCAGUUGGACUGAUAUUAUCAACAGUCAGCAAGCACUUCCUCAGUUACCUAACAUAACCCGGGGCUGACACUGGGUCACAGUCAUGCACAAAAUCCCACAUGAGAACACUGAUUUGCAUUUUCAUGUCAAUUCAUCUGCCUACAUGCAUAAAGAGAAUAGACAGUGACAGUUGAUCUCUACCAAUGCGUACAAAUGCAAUUGCACCAAAGAGAGUUAUCCGUAGGCUACAGCGCAACAGUGCAUAUGGCAGCUUUGAGAGAACAAUCUACCCCUGACUUCAAUAAUACUAUUUUAAUGACACGGCUAAUGGGAGGAUACAAGCACAUUUUCACCAAGCAUAGGAUGGUUAAGAGUGGCAAAGAGAGACAAUGGCAUCUGAUUAGUUAGAGGUUCUUCAUGUUGUUUUCGUCUCAGAAGAUGCAGCCUGGAUUGGUUUAUUGUAAAUUUCUUGUGGUAUCUGUUGAAAUAAUCCAACGUUUUCACACAUUAAGCACAUGUUGAUGUUGCGUGGUGCGAAGAAGAACACAUGAAUGUGCUGACACAAAUGGUUCUGGUUUCAUAUCUGGUCCAACAGCCCACAGUUUAAACAACUGAAAAGAGGAUCCUAAAUGCGCUUAAAAGAAUAACUGUGAAGAAAUGAUUAUGCAGAAAUGGUUUUGAAACUGAAACAACAUAUAUACGAAAAAUCCUACAAGCAUCUACUGACUACAUGCUGUUUGAAAGGAUUGAUAUUUAAAUGCAAGAUCACAAAAGAUACAUAUAAAGAUAUAUAAUCCAAAGUAACAACUAAAGCGUGAAAUGAAAGAAAAGAACAAAACAAAACAAAAAAAAAACAAGGCCAUCCACACCAUAGCAGCUACUUUAAUGAUUCAUUCAAAUGUGCAGAUUUUUGUUUGAAUUCUAUUUGCUCAAGGGAGUUGUUGCUGUCACAACACAACUUUGAAUUUCAGUGGUUAAUCAUGCUGUAUCAUUAUCUUUUAUCAUGCUGAACAGUGCUGCUUUGAGCCAGAUUCUUACAUUAAAACAAUGACACUCGUCACAUCAGAGAGUUUUUAUAUGGAGGAUGCAAAUAUAUUUACAUCAUAUCAAAGACAUAGAUAGAUUGUGGGCUCACCAAGCGACGCUUUCAGGAUGAAUUAUUACCUGUCAGUAAUUGGCCUCAUGGUUUGGCCCUAUAGAGUUUUUCUCAUCAAAAAAGGUGUCCUUGAAGUUCAAGCAGUCAAGCUGAAGGUUGUUCAUGGUACCCAACAUUUAUAAAAGCCCUCCUCAACUAAUUAAAGUGAGAUUAACAAGCUCCACUAAUGGUGCUUCAUGGGCUUUGAUGACUUCAUUUAAAUGCAUAGACAGGUACAAGAAUGUGCUUCGAGCUCUCCAAAGUGCUAAACACCCAUGCCUCUGUCACUCGGGGACUGAGUGUUUUCACUGUGUCUCCAUGGAUUUGUAGAGCUACAGUCCUGAUACAAGUUACAGUUUAUGCAGUCAUGGUGGCUCCAUCACCGGCACAAAGGAUGAAAUACACUCACCGGCCACUUUAUUAGGUACACCAUGCUAGUAACGGGUUGGACCCCCUUUUGCCUUCAGAACUGCCUCAAUUCUUCGUGGCAUAGAUUCAACAAGGUGCUGGAAGCAUUCCUCAGAGAGCUUGAUCCAUAUUGACAUGAUGGCAUCACACAGUUGCCGCAGAUUUGUCGGCUGCACAUCCAUGAUGCGAAUCUCCCGUUCCACCACAUCCCAAAGAUGCUCUAUUGGAUUGAGAUCUGGUGACUGUGGAGGCCAUUUGAGUACAGUGAACUCAUUGUCAUGUUCAAGAAACCAGUCUGAGAUGAUUCCAGCUUUAUGACAUGGCGCAUUAUCCUGCUGAAAGUAGCCAUCAGAAGUUGGGUACGUUGUGGUCAUAAAGGGAUGGACAUGGUCAGCAACAAUACUCAGGUAGGCUGUGGCGUUGCAACGAUGCUCAAUUGGUACCAAGGGGCCCAAAGAGUGCCAAGAAAAUAUUCCCCACACCAUGACACCACCACCACCAGCCUGAACCGUUGAUACAAGGCAGGAUGGAUCCAUGCUUUCAUGUUGUUGACGCCAAAUUCUGACCCUACCAUCCGAAUGUCGCAGCAGAAAUCGAGACUCAUCAGACCAGGCAACGUUUUUCCAAUCUUCUAUUGUCCAAUUUCGAUGAGCUUGUGCAAAUUGUAGCCUCAGUUUCCUGUUCUUAGCUGAAAGGAGUGGCACCCGGCGUGGUCUUCUGCUGCUGUAGCCCAUCUGCCUCAAAGUUUGACGUACUGUGCGUUCAGAGAUGCUCUUCUGCCUACCUUGGUUGUAACGGGUGGUUAUUUGAGUCACUGUUGCCUUUCUAUCAGCUCGAACCAGUCUGGCCAUUCUCCUCUGACCUCUGGCAUCAACAAGGCAUUUCCGCCCACAGAACUGCCGCUCACUGGAUAUUUUUUCUUUUUCGGACCAUUCUCUGUAAACCCUAGAGAUGGUUGUGCGUGAAAAUCCCAGUAGAUAAGCAGUUUCUGAAAUACUCAGACCAGCCCUUCUGGCACCAACAACCAUGCCACGUUCAAAGUCACUCAAAUCACCUUUCUUCCCCAUACUGAUGCUCGGUUUGAACUGCAGGAGAUUGUCUUGACCAUGUCUACAUGCCUAAAUGCACUAAGUUGCCGCCAUGUGAUUGGCUGAUUAGAAAUUAAGUGUUAACGAGCAGUUGGACAGGUAUACCUAAUAAAGUGGCCGGUGAGUGUACAUCCACCUAUGGACCUGUAUAGGUUGAGCUGCAGGACAGUCUCGACAUUUCAAAGUCUACAAAGACUUGUUUUAAGUUUGUUUAGCUUAGCUAUUCAAAAGGGGGAAAUAGUAGGAAAAUUAAUAUCAUAACAAUUUCAAUGUCAAGACUGCGGACAUUUGCACUGUUAGUUGAAAAAUAAUAAAAUGAAUGGAAUACUCUGGUGUUGAAGAAUAAGUGACUAAGUAAUGCCAAUUAACCAACCAGGACAGAGUGAAAGACAGGGACUAUAUCCACACUGGGAAAAGAGCAACAGGUGAGGCAAACGAGGCACAGGUGAAACUCAUAGGUGAUUAACAAAGGAGGGAAAACUAGGGAAGGAAAAUCAGACUAGAAACACAAGGAAUAAACUACAAAAUAAAACAGGAAACACUCAAAACUGAUCUAAAGAAUCAAAUUCAGAGAACAGGAGGGAAACAAGGUCAAACACAAUCUGAAAACUCACAAGACUGGACUACAGGGGAACAGGAACAAUAAAGAACAGGGAAAACCACACAGAAAAUAUACUCUAACAACAAAACCAGCGAAAAACUACAUCAACAGAACAUAUUACAGAUUUCACUCUAGAAUGUUCUUGUUACUCUUUUAUUGUGACAGUUUAGUUGUUUUAGAAACAGACAUAAAGAGACUAACAACAUUUGAAUCUACUGUUAAUGUUAAAGUAUUAUUUUUCAAAUGUAGACAUUCGUUAAUUAAACCCAUGAAUUUUAAUUAGGUUGAUUUACUUGUCAGUGAUGCUCCUGGUAUAUCAUCAGCCUGCAAAAGCCCUUGUCUAUCAUCACACUGAAACGCUUGUUAUUCAAAGCGGUGAUUUGUAAUGUUGUUGUUGAGGACCUUCACCAUAUUUCUCAGCUCUGUUGAAUGAUCGAGAUAGAGGCUGAUGACGGGUUUUCAGUGUCACAAACAUAUUAGUUCUUUAGGAUGAUGGUUCUUGAGCUGCCCAAUUUAACUAAGAGAGUUGUUUUGCACCUCCUUUGCAACCAUUACAAAAAGCUGUUGUGCUCCACUCUUCAAAACACUUCCAUACAGGAGACAUGUUGAAGCUUGUGAUCGGCAUGCACAAUCAGUCAGCUUGUCUGUAAUUUAUUGUGGCAGACAAUUUCAUAUUCUUGUCUUUCUAAGCUUUUCUCUGUCGAUGCCAAUAAUAUGCUAAUGAUGUGCAUCGCUACUCCUCAGGUUAAAGGGUCAAAAUAAUCCAUGCUGUGAGACCUUAACAUUUUAAUCAACCUUCAGCCUUAAAGGGAUAUUCUGACGUAAAAUUAAGUUAGGGUCAAACACACCGUAACACUAAGUUAGUCAUCUCGUUGAGAGAUGAAUGUUGCAGACCGCUUGCUUCUCUAGUUAUACUAACUUUAGUAGCAACUGCAUGAUAGCAAUACACAGCGGUCUCAGGAACCACGCGCUCAACCAAAACGCCACUCUAUAGCCACGAAUAAUGCUCAGAACAGCACCUAACUUCAUCAACUGUACAUAUAGGGUCCUAGCCAUAGUACUAGCCACCAAACAUCUUUUUAGCUUUGCCUAAUUUCUUUAGCAAAAAGACUAAACACAACUCGCCCACUCUCUUCCAGCAGCCGCUUGUUUGUAUGGAGAUCUUUGAUGAGUCCGAAAUGACUACAGCGGGGUGACGCAGCUCAAGGAAGAACAUUUAUGAUCAUUAAAAACUUCAUUUUGAGCCAGAAUAUCCCAUUAACUGGUUAUACUCGCAUGUAAAGGGAGUGAAGUUUGGCUUUGUUAAUGUCUUUCAUGUUUAAUACAAAUUUAGAGGAAGGUUCUUGAUAUUGUGCAGGUAAUGUAUGACCAGGAAACGGCACCAGGCUGUUAGAGAGUGACGUUACUUGAUUUGGUUAUGUUAAAGUCAAAGUAAGAAUCAAUUUAUUGUCUAGACUUUUCCAUUCUUGCUUUUUAAAGGCCAAUCCAAAUAUCAAUAUCCUGCAAGUAAGAAUUGUCACAAACCACAGAGACUUUACUGCUGGCGCAUUGCCUGUAGCUUCCUCAGAUUCGCCCAGCCCUGCCAAGGAGGCAUGUCUGUCCUGCGUUUUUGUCACUGAGACAAGUUUAAUCUCCAGACUACACCUCUCUCAACAUGGGCUGGAUAUGUAUCGCUGUAACAGGUGGUGACCUUCCGUAUCCCACAUUAAUGUCUGGUAUUUUGCAUCCUUAACACCAUCACUAAAACCUCCAAAUGCUCACUUCCAACUGGCUGCAUAAAAGGGCACCCAACAUCCUGUGCUAGCACCGGGCAUAAAUCACGGGGUGCACAAUCUUCUAAUAUGCACAUAAUUACCAGGGCUACUUGGCUGAAUAACGUACGAGCCCUGGGGAAGCUGUCUGGAAUAUAAACACUGGGUCACAAAGGUUUGGUGACUCAUUUUAGAUGAUAUUAGUCUGUCGUCAGUGGGUCUGGAGGAAUGGCCCAGGAUCAAACCCCACAUAAGCCAGUAUAAUCCUUCAAACUGGUUUAUUCUAAGAAAACACUCCUCAUAAGGAAUCUGUAAAAAAGAAGUUAAUCUUAUGGCCCGAGGAUGACAAAGAUGUUACUAGAAUAACUUCUCUUUCUGCUGAUGUUGCUUGUUGCUUGUUUUUUCCACAUUUUGUAAAACCAUGGCUCGGCAAAAGGCAUUUGUUUGAACAUUUAGUUGUUUUAAUGCAAGAAAACAGACACAAAAGGAGAAAACGGCAGCACUUUGUUUUCCUCAGGCUCUGCAGUUCAGUUUCAUGUUUGUCUUUGCAGAACGAGAGCAUUUGAAAGCGUUUCAUUCUGCACACCAAAGAGAGGACAGUGUGUGUGUGUGGAUCGUGACAGCCGGUUGCUAGGACAAGUUAGGAGCACUUCAGGCAAGCCGAGUCUUUGCAGACCUGGCAUGACAUAGGAUCCAGGGCUGUGGAUGUGGUGAAGCAGGGGUGCUGAGGGCCAAACUCACACUGGGAAAUAAGUGUCGUGCAAUUAUAGCCAGCUGGAGCACUGACAAGAGCAAAAGUGGGUCAGAGCAAAACUGUGUUUGUGUGUGUGUGUGUGUUUUAUACACAGCGUAUGUAUAUUAUGAAAGCUCUGUGUCAACAAUACAACUCUGCACUGUUGUCUGUGAAAACUGACAAUACAAAAUCUGUCAAUUUUUCACAUCCCCCUCCACCAGAGCUCAGGGAAACUCUGUUCUCGCCACGGCAUACACUCUUCCCUCUCUCUCACUGAGCUCACAGUUGGCUGAGAUGAAAACUGUCAAACCCCUGAGUCAAAAUAAAUCUUGCUAACUACAAUCCCACGAGACAAUUUACAUUGCCUUUGUUUAUUUCUCCUCCUACAUCUACUGCAGUGUUUUAAGAGUGGAAUUUACUACAUCUGGAGCUAAAAUUACUCAUGCCCUACACACUGAGAAGCUCUCAGUUAAAAUCCACACACAUCCAGGAGGGGUGUUAGUUUCUUUUGAUCAUUUAUAUGCUUAAUGAGUUUUAAAAACUUUAAGGUGAUGUUAGUGGAGAUGUUAAUUUCUCAGUCAAACAACAGCUGAGAGUUUGCUAUGUUACAUUUGUUUUUAUGUACCUUCUUAGCCACAACAAAACAGUCACUUUUGCAGGAGUAAAUGUUGAUUACAUGUCAAAUGAGCAAAAAUAGUAAUUUUAACCACAUUUUAAUUAAAUAAUAUUCCCUACUGUAGCUUUAAUGACCCACUCUGAUGAAAAUCAUGUUUUUCUUGUUGUCUACAUGUUCAUAUGGCAUUUUUCUGAUGCUACAGGACAUAUCAUGAGAAAAUAAGUAUGAAAUUACAUUUCUGACCAUUUCUGCAUUCAAAUCGCUGUGAAUCUCUCACAGACGCAAACGGUAGGUUUAGAUUCAGUGAGAUUUCCUACAUAGCAAAUCCAAGCUCCGCCCCCGCAGCCCCGCUAUGCAGGCCACACUUGGAAAAGUAGAGGACGAUCGCAGAACAAGCAUGUGCGUUAGCGGUUUUCUAUGCUCGUAAGAAAGCUAACAAUGAUAUUAGUUUUCAUCGUGUCCCUAAAGACAUCAGUGUCCUAGAGCUGAAUAGCUCCUAUGUUGCCUGCUACUUCUACUACACCGGCAAUGUUAGGCUACAAGCUAGCGUGGAGAGGAGUGUGCAGAGCAGCGCUGUCUCCGCCUACGACUAAUGAUCUACUGGAGCUCUGCAGAAGAAAAGUCAUUGAAAAUGACACAAGUAACACAAUUUGGCCAAAAUCUUCAUAAUCACAAUUUAAAGACCACUGUUAACACUUUAAGUGGUAAAAAAAAUGAUCGGAUUGGGACUUUAAGAGAUUGUGGAUGUUUCACAUAUUCCUCUGGUGCAAGGUAGUUUUGUUCACAGAGACUAAAUGUCUGCUGUUUUGUUUGAUUGAAUUUAGGAAGGAAAGCAAAAAUACUUUGGGGCAGAUAUGAAUUUAAGUUACAGUAUUUGUUCAGAAGUAAAUCAUUUUGGAAGAGAAAAUUUAAAAUAUGAUUCAAAAUGUGUCUUUGGAGUGAGUCUCAAUGUUUGAUACACUUGCAUGAACAGCACCAGUCAUGCUUAAAUAUCUUCACUCUUCAGCACACCUGCAUCCAAUUACACUCAAAGAGCCAGAUCAGUCGAGACGCUCAGGGUCUAAUCAGCGCUACUGCUCUGUAAAGGAGUAUGAGGAUCACGUCCUGUCACCCAAUGGCCCUGUAUGAGUGUGUGAGUGAGUGUGUGUGCAUCUGAAGAGAGAAAUCAGCAUUUGAGGCUGAUUAGAAUUCAUGGCAUCUCUGCAUUUGAAGGCUUCAGAUUUUUGAUAUGUAAUUUGCAGUUAUUUGAGACUAACUGACAAAGACUUGUACAGUCCUCUGCCAUUUUCUCGAGUGAAUUCUUACUUUUCCAAGAUGUUCAACUCUUGCAGCUCAGGCAUAGUUUACAGUAUGAUAGAUUAACUUUAUAACAGGCUUUUGAUCAAAUUGGUGGAGGUCAAGCCCGGUCAGUUUUUGCUUGCUCAUUGAAAGACGCAUUUUAUGUCUUUUCUUCUGCCAGAAAUUAUCUUCAAAAUUUCUCCAAAUAUGUAAUGCACAACAAGAACAUAAUCCACAUUUCAGCUGUCAAAGAUUGCAUGUAACGUCAUAUCAUGUUGAGGUUUUUUUGGGGGGGUGUUCUUGCCUUUAUUUUCACUUGGUCAGAGAUCUGAAUCCGCAGCAGCUUUAUUUUUGUCCCUUCACUAAAAGGCCAGCGGUGGGUCACUUCGGUCACAUGAGCCGACUUUGAUUCAAAUGUGAAAAAUUAGCCAAAUCCCUUUUAUUUAUGAUAUCUACGGACAUGCCUGUGCAUUUCAUUUUAACACUGUAGAAGAAUUUAAAUGACAAAAAUAGACAUUUAAAGAGUACAAGGAUACAAACACAGCUCAGAUAUGCUGCUAAACCAGGCGACAAAACAAUAACACAGGUGACUGGUUGUAGCUUAAUAAUAAAACCGCCUAGUUCAGUAUAUUGUGAGGCUAACAUUUCCGGAGUAGCCUUGGUCACUGACUUACAAAGCAUAGCUGAGGUUGGAGAGGAUAUCAACAUCUUUGAGGUCAGUUGUGCAAAAUAUUGUCAAUCCCUUGAGGCGACUCAAGUAUGUUCAAGAUUCAAAAGUAGACUGUCAGUUUUUGUGACAUGUUGGUCUGAACAACAAAUGUCUACCCCAUGGCAGUUCUACAGAAGAGACGGAUGAAUUCAUGAGAAUUUAUCCCAUAUUCAGUGGCUGAACUCAUGUGUCCAAGAAACCUGUGAGUACAGUCAGUAUAAAAAAAAGAUAAAAAAAUAAAUAGCAAGAAAUAAGUUUCCCUAUCUUGAACUGCUUUUGUUAUCAAGGUGAACAAGUAUGCUUUAUCACACAUGUGCCAGCCUAUGCUAUAUCAGUGUCAACGUGUUGCAAAUGAAAGGUCAUCGUGAAAAUAAAAUAUGUCAGUUUGUGUCGUCUGUAACCCCCCCGCCUCAUAUGUCAAUUUGUUGCAGCAGAGAAGAGGCUGUUGAGAAGGAGCAGCUGGUAACAGCAGAAGUGAGGACAGCUGCUUAAUGAUGUUAGUGGAUAAAGUAUAGUACAGUAAUGGCUUGUAAUAUAUUAAUUGUGAGCGUCAUUUAACCAAGAUGUUAUUGUCAGUCAAAACGAUGCAGUUUAAUGUGUAUGAAUCUGUGUAGUCGCCAGUAAAGGUACAGAGAGUGAAUCAAAUGGACAAACUGUCAGAGUAAACGGAGAGCUCGUGAUGACGAUGAUAAUGAUUAUGAUGAUUGUGAUAUAUUGGAGAUGCCGGACACACAACCAAUCAAUUUUCUGAUCCCCCAGAAAUCAAGAGUUUAUAUGAAACUGUGGUGAAUGAGGUCAACAUGGUGACACUGUGAAGAUUCAUGGAGUGAACUUUUGUGGAAAUCUGUUAAAACAGUCAUUGCUGGAGAAGUUAUAAGUGUUACAUGUUAUGACCCAUCUCGGGGUGGCUAGGACACAACAUGAAAGUGGACCCAUUUCGCCCACCUCUCAAACAGCCACAUAAAAAAAAAUCAGGGUUUUAACAAAGAAGUUUAUUUACAAGAAAAAACAGAAUGAUUAAGGAACAAAGAAUGAUCAUCUCCUCAGGGUGCAACAACGAUAAAUAACACUAACUGAGGAAAAACUAGAAACUGACAAAAAGCUGAUCUCUAAGGUGACAAGGACGUUUGGGAUGAGGCUUUCAUGGGUUCCCUCUGCGCGGGGGGUGAUGUCACGCUUCCCACUCCAACCGUUUUCUUUUUCUUUUCUUUUUAAAGUGUUAUCAGUGGUCUUUAAGUUGUGAUUAGGAUUUUUUUUGCCAAAAUCACAUUACCUGUGUCAUUUUCUAGAAAAAUUACAUUAACCCAAUGGCUCUGUAUCAAAAGGCAUCUGUAAAGUGUUCAGAUGGCAGCUGCAGUUGCAUAGUCCUCAUUGUACUUGUCUGAGUGUAACUCAAAGUUAUCCCACAAGUCAAGUUCACUGUCAGGGCCAGGAGAGACUCUGGGGGUUGACUAAAGACCAGAAUCUAGGGCUAUAAAUACUCAUUCAUAAUCUAAUCCAGUUUAUUUUUUCUAUACUAUUCCUCACCAGGUUCUUUGUCAACUUCCCAUCAGCCAAACAAUACUUCAGCCAGUUUCAGGACAUGGAGGAUCCAGAGGAGAUGGAGCGAAGUAGCCAACUUCGGCAACAUGCCCGCAGGGUGAUGAACGCCAUCAAUACUGUGGUGGAGAACCUCCAUGACCCAGAGAAAGUGUCAUCAGUUCUGGCCCUGGUAGGAAAGGCCCAUGCUAUCAAACACAAGGUGGAGCCCAUGUACUUCAAGGUAAGCCUCUCUGACAAAUUCUGCUUUACUUUAAUCAGAGAUAGUCUUUUUUGCCUACUAACUCACCAUUGAAGAAAUACAGUUUUUUGUAUCCUUCAAAUUAGGGCUGGGUGAUAAACUGAAAAAUUUGCCGAUACCGAAAUUUACGACAAUAACCAACAUCAUUUUGCCCAUAUCGGUUUAUUCGGUGUCAAAAAAAUAAAUAAAUAAAAGAUAAUGUUGGACAUGUGUAGGUGUAGGUGAUUUUCACCAUACGCCAAUUCCUACCGGAUCCGUUUGUGAGACAAAUUUCGUGGUGGAUUACAGGCGGCGGUAAAUGGGAGAACUCACAAGAACCUGCGGAUUCAUGUGCAAUCACGCAAUAACAAGUUCUCUCUUAGCCACAGAGGCUAACCAUGAAAGCAGUAGAUUGUGUCCUUCCAGAGGAGGAAAUCCACCUCUAAACUUCUAAAAUCAUUAAUUUAUUUUGUGUCUGUGCCCGACUUCCUUCCCAGCACGGGUUAAUCUGUGCUGAAUUUAUCCAGCAUGCUCCGGCGUCCGGAAAGAAUAGAACUCUUGCGAUCAACUGCGGAGUCCGGCGAUCUGCAGAGGAACGGAGUGAAGCCAGUGGAAAUUGAAACAUGGACUUGAAUGGUUACGAUCAGCUACGAUCGGCAGAUACGGCCUUUUUGAAGCCAUUCUGGAUGCGGUGGAAAUUGGGGGUUAGACGCUGUCCUAUGUCAGAGACAUGAGGGGGGGCAGCUUGUGGAAUAGUUAUCGUCCAUUUAUCGUUAUCGGUGUGAACUUCUCAAUAUAUCUGGAUAUUGAUUUGAGGCCAUAUCGCCUAGCCCUACUUCAAACAACAAAGUUGCUACAAAUUUUAAAUUAAGUGCACAACACUACACCUUUAAACAUGAAUUAUGCAAACUAUAAACACUUGGCACACAUGGUUGACAAACAACUGUAAUACCACGACUCCCAAGUAACACUAGAGGGUAAAUAAAAUGUUUGUUGUCGCAGCUGUCGAAUUCUACCAAACCUCACAGUCACUCAUGAAUUGACAGAAAUAUGAAUAACAUCUGGAUGUGCAAAAACACAAAUUUUAGAGCAGGUGGAGUUUUUUUCAACAUGCUGAUAAAUGAACAAACGACAAAGAGCAUCAUAGACAUUUCAGUACAGUACAGUUCAGCUAUGCAAACAGUGUCAGGGCACCCCAAAAUUUCAGCAAUGAACUGUGAAAAUGAGCAGCAAUGAAACAUGACAAAAGCGUGACAGUCAUUUCUAUACCCUCCUGCAGAGCCAACAGCAAUGAUCACCUGUUUAAGCAGAUGAGAACAGAACCAGAAUAAACAUGAUCACAAGUGUUUCAGAUUAACUGUUUUAUUCAAACCGUACGGUUACAUAAUUUUCAGCGUGAGACUUCUUACUUCAUCCGACUGAAAGGACAUCUGUCAAGUCCUUUGAAAUUUGACUGUAGGUUUUUUUUUUGUAAAUACAUCUUUGAAGAGAAGACAUAAUCGGCUUGUAAGCAUCCCUCUGCUGGCUUCCAACUGCAUCUAGAAGCAUUCAAACAACCUGAAUCAGUCGCCUUCCAAAUGACUCAUCACACUGAUUAUUUCUGCUGUGUAUCCCUCUGAACUCUUACAGACCCCUUCUUAAAACUAUCGCUGGAAAACCACAUCUCUUUAAUAUAAUUUCGAUUUACUUUAUUCCUACUUUGAUACCACCAUCUACGAUAUUCUCUCUCUGCUUUUUUGAAUUUUGUUGCCUUUGUACAGCCUGUCCACCCACAGCUUUCAUGUUUCACCGCUAUCGUUUUCAAUUCGCACCUACCUCGCUUCUCUGUGACAGUGAAUUGGAUUUUUUACAUCAACCACCCUGCCCUUACUUUACCUUUAGGACAUUAUGUCUUUGCAUUUCUUCCUCAUCCUUCCAUCUGCUGUUAACUUUAAAGCCACCUAUUCAGAAUCAGAAUCAGAGUCAGAAUACUUUAUUUAUCCCGGGGGGAAAUUCGCCGUUCCCAUUUUUUUUUCAAUCCCUUUAAAUAUGAUCUCCUACGCUGAAUUUUUCUUGUGACAUCAAUUUCUUUUCACACUCCUUUUUCCUAGAUCCUGGGUGGUGUGAUGCUAGAGGUGCUGUCUGAAGAUUUCCCAGAGUACUUCCCAGCAGAGGUGCAGAUGGUGUGGACCAAACUGAUGGGGGCAGUGUACUGGCAUGUGACAGGAGCCUACACAGAUGUGGGCUGGCUCCAGGUCUCCAGCUCUGCAGUGUGAACAGUCUGGAGGCAAAGGGGGUUGAAGAAGUUUCAGAUGGUGGAGUUGUGUAAGAAUGGUUGCUCAGACGUGGAUGAGCGUAACGUGGUAAUCCGCGCUUCACUGUUCUUUAUCUUGGUGUUAUUUUGGUGCUAAGCCUUCAUUGCUAUAGUGUUUUUACAUCGCACUAAUGUAGCUGGACGAUGUUUUACUUUUCUGAAAGUUUCAGUCGAUACAAGUGGUGCUGUGUGCGCCACAGAGGCUAUCACUGCCAAUGCUAGGUACUUAUGUCGUUUAUUUUAAACAUUAAAAAGGCUGCCAAGUUUUCUCAGAGUAACUAUGUUACAUUAACUGUCACCAACAUUUUUUCUUUUUAGACUCUGCAGCCUGGCCUGUCAAGCUUUCCAAUCGCACACCAGAUGCAUUUUACAAAGUGACAAGGGUAGAUGAGCUUUGCAAGAGAUUUCUUUAAACUCAAAUAUAUACUGAUGAAAAUUCACUUUGAGGAAACAUAACAGGUAGUUCAUGAUUUUAACGCACUGGAAAUCAUUACUAUUCUGCUAAAGAAACUGAGAAACAACCUAGUUUAAAAUAAUAACAACAGGCAAGAUAUUAUAUUUCAAGGGUGACCAUAAGUCCUCUUUUACCUCUUUUUGGGGGGCUGUUCGGAUUUGUCCAGGGAAGUUUAUAAAAUCCUUAAAAUGUCCAGAGAUUUGUAUGGAAGUUUCAAGUUUGUGUCACUUGGACUUACUGAGUUAGAAGCGCGUAAAGACACUUGAUCCGACCUGAUAAACUCUCAAAAGUAACUACGCGUGACUCCGCCCCCGCAUAGUCUUGUCCUGUUUUUGGGGAUUCAGAAUAUGGUCACCCUAAUAUUUCUGUCAUAAAGAAACAAAAGAGAAGAUCAUGCCUCACAUAACUGACCCAAUUCUGUUAAUUUUUUUCAACAGUGAUAUCAGCUGAUGCAGUUAUUAUCAAAGGGAUACCAGCUGCGCUAGCGCUAGCUAGCUAGCUAAGCAAACGGUUUUCUUCCUGCCUCUCACUAAAUCCUUUUCAGAAAAACUCUGUAAAAAAGUGAAAAAAAGUUCUUAGAGUACACAGUACAGCUAGUCCUAGAUAAUAAUUCACUGACGGAUUUUAUGAAAGUGUAAAACAACCUAAUAGAAACAACCGUUUCUAUUAGCCUCUUAGCUGCUAAUGUCAUAGGCACAUAAGCUUGGCAAUUUGCAAAGACACUCAGUAAAGUUUAAAAUGACACUUUCUUGGUUUUAUGGAAAUGUAUGCCUCUUAUUUUUUGCUUAGCACUGUUAAAUUUAGUGUAACAUAACUGCUGGCAGAUCGUCAAUCAACUAUCACUAGCUAGUGUGGCAGUGCAAGCUAAGCAAGAAAUGUGACAAUGCUGCCACCAAACCACUUAUUUUAACAAAAACUAGUUCCAAAGGUUUUUAUUUUGUAAUCGAUAUUUCUUCAUAGCUAAAGUUAUACUAUUUCCCCUCUAAAGAGGGCAACAGCAAACAAAUGAAAUAACCAUAGGCUGACUAAUGAACAACUGAUUAUCUGGAAACUUAUCAGAUACCCUGUAAUAAAGGAAAGGAAAAAGCUCACCUGUGUAACCUCACAGGCUAAUGUCGUAAAAAUGUUGUUAUUGUCUCUAUUGUCAUGAAAAUAACAACCAAAUGUGUCGGGCGUAUUAGUUAAACAUGUCAGUAUUUAAAGCUCAGCUGUGGUAAUGUCUCUAACUUUUGAGCGUUGAUUAAAAAGAAGAAGAAAAAAAACUCAUUAACCUUCAUACUCUCGAAUUUCUACAUCGUUAUCUUCAUGAAACUGCUCCAGUAUGCAGAAAGCUUGACAGGCCCUGCCGUGUCUUCUUGUGACAGAAAGGUUUGGACAUGUUUUCGGACAAUUGCGGCACUCAUUUGGGUUUUGUUGACAGGCAUGCCGGGAAUAGCAGAAACAGACAAUUAUGUGAAAAUGCUGCGGAUUAUUACUUUACAAAGUUCAUUUCUGUGGAAACUGUCAGUGAGAGAAUCAUAGUUAGGCUGAGUUGCACAUGUUGAUACACCUCAUGAAGUUUUAAGGCACAGAUUGAGAGAAAUAUUUAGAGAAACAGGAUUUAUAAGCUCUGAGAGGGGGGCUGUUAGCUGUUGAAGCCCCAGAAAAGGGACCAUGGAGCUGCUGACUGUUAAUAGAUCCUCUUUGUGUCCUACUACAGUAUAUCCUCAUGUUUAAGGGACCUGUGUCCUUUUCUCUCCCUCUCUAUUGAUACAUUGUGUGCUCUUAAUGUCUUGUUUAUCUUACCUGAGGUGUUGUUUGUAUAAGUGUACAGUGGGCCAGUGUGCAUACUCUUCUGCCUUUUUUUACAACUCAUUAACACGUCGAUCUGUGGGCGUGUUGGAGAGGGCUGUUUUUCCUUUUGCUAAGGUAUUGGAACGAACAACGAUGCUUUAAGUUUUUCAUUUGCCUGACACUUUCAUCACACAAACCAUUCAGAAGGUAAGAUGGAAAAUAUCAGCAGGUGGUCACAAUCCGAAACCGCACAUGUACACAUCCACACUCAGAGCUCCCCAAUGCUAAUAUUUACAGGACUGUCAGUUGGUUUACAUCUUAGAAACCCCAUCAGAGAGACAAACCUCAUUUAAGGGUCCAUUAAGUGCUUCAAAAAAGUCUAUCCAGAGGUCAAGAAAAACAUGUCGGCUUAAUAAGUGCUGUUGGAUUGUUUCUUUGAACCCCCGCCCCAUCUAACACGACAUACUUAUCACAAUCACAUCAUUUUAUCCAGCCCCACUCCCAAAGAAACAUGCUCCCUACUGCCAAAUUUACCUCUUUACCUCGAUUUACCCUCCUUUUUUUUUACAGAAUACUUCCAUUGGAGUCUCUCUCACGUCAAUUCCCAAACAUACAGAGUAAAUCUGUUUAGGGUUAACAUCUGAUUCAAUCUUCAGUUUGCAUCUGCUCUCGUGAUGUCCUGUAUCUCUCAUCUGACCCCCUUUGGCAUCUGGGUCUGGCAUUAAUGAGGAAGUAAUGAGUCUCCUCUCCUCCUCAUUGAUGAGUCAUCCACUGUAACUUCCCAUUCCCCUGUCAUAGGGGUCAGUCACUGACUACUAAAACAAUUAUGACUGAACAGCUGGUCUCCUACCUGCCUCACCAAUAGCCAUUCACAACGAUGCCACAUGAAAUGGAAUUCUUUCACUUGUAAAAGAUAAUUUAAAAAAUAAAUAUCUCAAAUUAACACAUUUAUCCACUUUGUCCAUUUACGGUGAUAGUGCCGAUAAUCUAGCUUAGAACCUGUCACUAUUGCUUUCUAAUGAUCGUCCCACAGCACUUCUGCCUCUAUCAGUGGUUAAUUCUGUCUGUAAACUAUAUAAACAAUUGAAAAAAUUGUGUUAUAAUACUUUGAUAUUGGUAACUCUAGUCCUAGAAAAAAGUAUGGGCAUUUUCCCCUCCUUACAGACCCUGGCCAUUGUUGUUUGCAAAGCUGUUAUUAGUAGUCCCACCCCUUCUUGAUUCUGACUGGUCGGUGAUCAAGAAGUGACACUGAUGAGCGUGGUAAUAGAAGUUGAACUGUAUUCAACUGAGUGUACCGACCAUAGAUAUGAAUAGUUGAAACGAUAUGUCACUUUGAGAUGCGAGCCUUCAUGGCAGCCAUCUUGGCAAGGGCAUCGUUUCCAUUGAAGACAAUGCAUUUACAAUGAAAAUAAAUCAUAGCUUGGCAUUGAAAAUGAAUUAAACUGCGUGAAAAUUGGUUGCGAAAUGAGCAAAGAUAUGAUUUAUUUUUUAUGUACAUCUAAUGCCUUUAAUGGGAACGUUGCCCUUACCAAGAUGGCUGCCACAUUGGCACACCGCUUAGCGGACUGCUGGUGUAUUCAGUCUUCAAUAUGUAUAUAGUAUAUAUGUAUUACCGGCAGCACAUUGACUUUAAUCAGUUGAUGCUAAGGGUGUUUUGGCACCAAGGCUCUGAAAACACUUGAGCAGAUUUGGUUUGAAUAGAAAAUAGGGUGCCAGAACAAAAAACUGGGUUAGUAGUCGAUGUCCUUUGGUGUGACUUCAUGAGGUAGACAAGUUAUCUUCAAAAGUCUAGAAGUGUUUUUACUUUGCACUUUACAAAUUUGAUUUAAAUGUUAAUAACAUGAGAGAAAAAAUAAUAUAUUACAAUAGACCAUAGCCUACCUACACACAUCCAAAAUAAACUUUUAUUUAUUUAUUUUUUUGACACUGAAUAUAUUGAUUUGGGCAAAAUGUUGUUGGUUAUUGUCAUAAAUUUCAGUAUCGGUAAAUUUUCAGUUUAUCGUCCAGCCCUAAUCUUUUGGCGACUUCGACGUUACCAUCAAUGCUCUUUGUAUAUAUGGUUAUUUAAGAUAGACAAGCUACAAAUGACCCUCAUUUAGCUGUUUGUGUAUGUGCACACAUACUUAGUGCCACCCCUGCAAAAGCCAGUGCCUCAGUUUGGCCAGCCCUGAAGUUUGUCUGUGCCCGUGUCAAGACCACAGGCAUUCUGUCUCAAGAGUCUGUAAAACCUCCAUUUACAUUCAGCUUUCACACAAGUCUAUCAACAGGCCCCAUUAAACAACCAGCACCACUUUCCAGGCUUGAAAUAAAAAUGCUCACAAUUGUCAAACAAACGUCAAACUAAAGUAUUUCUUUUUGGCUAAGGAGGCAGUAAAACCUGUAUCACUCGUAAAUUAUUCCGCUCCAAAUACACACCAAGUCCAUCUUUGUACGGUUCCUGACGUCAGAGUCUCUCUGAAGUUUGCCGUCCAGCAGCUCACAGAUAUUUUAUUAAGCCGACAUCAUGUUUAUUAAACAGUGCUGCAUCAAACCUGAUCUGCAAACACUCCCAUACACACACAAUGGAGACAUAAUACUUCUCUGGCAACACUAUAAACAUUGAUGGGAAAUUAUGUUCAGUCACAUCCCAAUAACACUCAGUCACUUUUUUCCUCUCUAUCACACACACACUAACACACACAAACACACGGCCUUGCAUAAAGCUGAGUGAGUGGGGCAUGUCCCUGCAUGCCAAGUGAAUGACAGCAGCACUUCAUCUAAUUUAUGUUUUCAACUAUUUCAAACAGAAAAAAAAGACAAAUUCUUUUCUCACCUGGUCAUUCCACGUUUUUUUUUCUUCUUCAGAAAAUAAGGGCAUCACAACAUCCGUGGAACUGUGUUUUUGUUGUGAACUGUUCCUGUCAGUCAGUUGAAAAGUUAGGACUUUAUAUUUUUCUAAAUAUAACUAUGAGAAGGAUUCUAUGUAUCUAAAUACUGUAUAUGAAAACAUCAUACUGUAUACUGCCGUGUGGAGAGGGAGAGCAGUGGCUUUGUAGUGUUUUGAGCAUGUUUGCACAGUCUACCAUGGACUUGUACCUUUGCAGACCUGGUGAACAUGAAGAUAAAUAAAAUAUACUUGUAAACUACAGUCUGUCCCUUUGGCCUCCAUCAAAACAUUUGAUUCAUGCUUUUUAUAAAUGCUAUGCUGUUUGUCUUUUAAUUGCCUUUGUAAAUGACUUGAUGUGAUUGUAAAUAAGAGUUGCCCCUUCCUGAUUUUCCCAAGGAUGAACAAAGAUUGAUUCACUGAUUGACAUUAAAUUUCAUUGAUAACUCAGAAA